AUGGUAUACCACACGAUCCAGACGCUGCUUGAGAAUGUCAAGACUCGAUCGGAUCCAGGUUCUGGAACGGUUCUCUGCGAUGCCUGUCAGGGCAUGUUCAAAAUCUGGAACCGACCACAGCAUACCCCCAUCAUUGGCACCCAGGUAGCUUUUGACGCCGUGAGAUGGUAUGGGAAGCUGGAUUACUUCAGCGUCAAUAAUAUGAGGCGCCAUCAUUCCUCGUCAGAGGAUAUGCAGGCAGCGGCCGACCAAGGCUGCCAGAUAUGCCUCGUUCUGUGUGAGCAUUGGGCACAAUUCGACGAGAGUGAGCAGCGUCGCGUAUCAGCCUUUGUAUCUGUAAUCCAACAACCGAUAUGCGGGUUCAUCCGAAUGCAAGCCAAACCAGGAAUGCGAUUUUGGUGGCUCGAUUUUUGGCGCAAUGCUAGAUCUUUUGCCUUGUGGUUGCGUUACCGAAAGACAUUUUCAUUGUACCGCGUUCAGCAACUCGCCAGGAACGAAGCUACAACCAUACUCUUCCAAUUUGGUGACGCUGACGAUCGCGCCGUCAUUCUCGAGCUUCAUCCACAUCUCGAUUGGUGGCAUACAUCCGCCUGCACCGUAUGUGACGGAAGCGCGGUCCAUGAGUUGGGCGACAGCACGGGUUCCCCAGAUACCAUAGCUCAAAUUAAGCAAUGGUAUGGGAAUUGUGUAGAAGGCCAUCCAGAUUGCUCUCCGGGUAGAUUCACACCGGCUUUUGAAAACGCCAGUUGGAUACCCACUCGUCUGAUCAAUAUUGGCCAAUCGAACGCAUCAAAGAAGUGCUUUCUACAACUGUCCAACGAACUAUCUCCGGUAUCAUACAUGACUUUGAGUCAUUGCUGGGGCGAGCGAGACGGGCCAAGGCCUCCAAAGCUCACAAACGCCAACGUUGAUUCAAUGAGAAACCGCAUCCCCAUCGAAGCUCUGCCGCGUAGCUUCAACGAUGCCGUCCAAGUUGCACGCAGUUUGGGAGUAAGCUACUUGUGGAUCGAUUCGUUGUGCAUCAUUCAAGAUUCAAUGGAGGACUGGCGACGAGAAUCGCGUCUCAUGGACAAGGUCUAUCGGUAUUCUGCGUGCAACAUUAUGGCGGAAGCGGCCAUAAAUUGUGAUGGAGGUUUGUUCUUCGGGAGAGAUCCGCAACGACUUGGCAUAUUUACUCUUGAUGAGAAGCAAACCUCGAGCCUGUCACAUAGAUCAACCGUCUGCUUUACCAAAGACUAUGUCAAUUCGAAGUCUGAUAGGGGAAAUGGUAGCCCGCUAUAUUCUCGUGGCUGGGUCUGUCAGGAGCGCUGGCUUGCCCCACGUCAGAUAUCAUUCCAUUCUAAUCAGGUUUUUUGGGAGUGUACCAAACUCAAAGCAUGCGAGGCAUUUCCUUCCUGGGAAGCCAAGGUUGAUCAAGAUGGAAACUUUCCGACCCAACGCCGGACUUCUCAGCCAUGGGACAAAGGCCUAGUUUAUCCGCAUAGACACACUGUCAAUCGAAGGGAAACUUUUUCUUUCAGUUGGCGUGCAAUGGUCGAAACUUAUACCACCUGCACCCUCACCGAGGAGCAGGACAAACUGAUUGCAAUUCAAGGCCUCGUCAACAUUUACAAAUCGCUCCGGGACGAUGAUUACCUUGCAGGCCUCUGGCGAAAGCAGUUACCAUCUGGGCUGAUGUGGACAACUCGCAACGGUCUCCAAGCAAACGGUGAACCCACAUACAGACCGGGGACAUAUCGCGCCCCAUCCUGGUCUUGGGCUUCUGUUGAAGGCAUAAUCGAAAUCUUCCCAGAAGUCUAUCCCGAAGAAGAGAGAUGGGUCGAGUUGUGCCAAGUCCUAGAGGCCAGGACUACUCCGUUGGGCGAGGAUACCACAGGACAGGUCAGUGACAGUUACAUCAAACUACGCGGACGCUUGCUCAGCACUGAAGACUUGAGCUUCCAUAGUUCCCCUAAAGGCAAGAUUGUUCAGAUAACGAGAUCCCGUGGGGGUGAUCCUUCAAAGUCUUGGAUCAAUUGCCAGAUCGAUGAUACCGUUCAAUGGUCACCCAAGAACAAUGUACUAUUGCCGGUCCUCCAAUGCGAUCAUCGCUCACCUCAAUCUUGCAUGCUGAAGGGCUUGGUUUUGGUUCCGGUAGAAGGCCAUGCAGAUACAUUUGAACGAAUCGGUACUUGGAAUGACAACGCGACUCGCGAGGGCAUUGACCCUUUUGGCUGGUUCAAAGAGGCUGCGGAGCAAGAAGAGCGAGUCAUCCUCUUGGUAUAA